AUGCUCAACGGCAAAGUCUACGCCGCCUUCGAUCCCGCGCUCCUCCAAACCCUCCUCCGCAACAAAACCGCCUCCUUCGAGCCCUUUGUCUUUGACUACGCGAAAAAGACAUUCGCGCUGAAGCACGAGACUUUUGCGAAAGUUAAAGUACCGGGAGUUUACGAUGAAUUUACAGAGGCGAUUCAUGCGAGCUUCCAGGUUAGGCAUUUGCAUCAGAUGAAUGUGCAUUUCCUGGGUAGCAUCGCUGCGAAGCUGAACCACGCGACGAUACGUGCCGAUUCGAUCAAUGCGGGAAAGGAGACGGUCGCAAAUGGACGGUUACACGUGAAGAAUCUUUAUCUCUGGUGUCGCGAUGUUAUGAGCCUUGCUACAACGCGAUCUCUCUACGGCGACACCGAUCCUUUCAAUCGCGAUCCCUCUUUAAUUGAAGACAUGUGGCUUUUCGAAGAAUCAGUCCCCUACUUCCUCCUCUCGCUCUUCCCAUCAAUCACAAUGCCAAAAGCCUACAAAGCGCGCUCCACGCUCCAAAACAUCGCUUGCAAAUGGUACUCCGAAGACCACGACAUCCACGAUCCCAGCGUCUCCGCCCUCGUACGAAAUCGCGCCGGGGCACUGCGAAAGAACGGUCUAACGGGGUAUGAGAUCGGGAAGUUUGAGGUUAUUCUUCCGAAUGUGGCGACGCUUAAUGCUGUGCCGACGUUUUACUGGCUUUUGUUGUAUAUCCUCGACCGACCGGAUCUACUCGCGCGGAUACGAGCCGAAGCUGAAGGUGCAGUUGUUAUAGAAGAUAAUAAUGGGAAGAGGAGUGCGACGUUUAAUAUAGCGGAUUUUGAAGAGAAGCUUCCUCUGCUGGUGAGCUGUUAUCGCGAGACACUACGUCUUGCGAACCAGACCCUCAGCAUGCGACGCAUCCUCGAAGACACAAGCAUCACGACGCCCGAAGGAACAACAUAUAUUCUUAAAAAGGGUACAGACCUGCAACUCCCCGCUGGCGUAGCACACUACGAGGACAGUGUCUGGGGCGCAGAUGUCAACGUCUUCAAUCCAGAGCGCUUCCUCCCAUCUUCCAAGGGAAACUUUGAAGAGGAGCGCAAGCGCAAGGCAGCGUAUAUACCCUUCGGCGGCGGUCGCCAUCUCUGCCCAGGCCGAAACCUCGCUUUCGCAGAGAUCAUUGGGUUCGCGUCUGCUCUGCUGCUAGGCUUUGAGAUUGAGGCUGUGGGGAUGGGGUUUGGCGAUGUCAAGAUGCUGGGGCCGCAACUUGCGGGCGGGACGGUGCGGCCUAAGAGGUAUGGCGCUGGGUUGGGAGCUGAGAUAGCGAUGAGGGAGGGAUGGGAGGAUGUUGAGUGGAGGUUUGAGUGUUGA